CGCCACAUUGGUCCGGGCUGCGCCCAAGAGCUAUGCCGGAGUCGUGUUCAGCUUGGGGCUGUACAAACCGUCGCACAGUUCAAAACAAAUCUAAUGGAGUAACCUUUCACAGGUUUCCCAAAGAGAAAGAGUUGAGGAGACAGUGGGAAGUGGCUUCACGGAAGGAAAUUUGCUCUACUAGCAAGUCGGCCGUGCUCUGCAGCGACCACUUCAAACCAGAGGACUUUGACAGGACUGGCCAAGUUGUCAGGAUUAGAGAAGGAGCUAAACCAUCUAUCUUCAGUUUCUCUACUCGUCAGAAAAGAUCAGGGGCAACCAGGACAACACAAACUUCCAGGAAGGCUGAGGAGAGCCUGUCAGUGGACGGUUUUCUGAGUGUCAACAAGACUGAACCUCUGCCUAAUGCUGAUCAUUCCUAUGCAUUGCCCGCAUCUCCCGCUCUUGUCAAGUCCAGACUGAGUAAAGCCUUGGUUCGUGUGGAGCAUCUGGAGCGAGAGAUGAGAAACAUGAAGGACAGAGAAAGGAGGGCAAAGAUCAGAGUGCACAGUCUUCUGAAAGAUCUGCAGGAGAAAAAACUUGUGAAGAAGGACCUGAAAGAUGCUUGACUUUGUUUUGUUUUUU